CCUCACUGUCCCCGCAGGCCCCGCCCGGCCCCCGGCAUGGCGCAGACGCUGCAGAUGGAGAUCCCCAACUUCGGGAACAGCAUCCUGGAGUGCCUGAACGAGCAGCGCCUGCAGGGGCUCUUCUGCGACGUCUCGGUGGUGGUGAAGGGCCACGCGUUCAAGGCGCACCGCGCCGUGCUGGCCGCCAGCAGCUCCUACUUCCGAGACCUCUUCCACAGCUCCAAGAGCGCCGUGGUGGAGCUGCCGGCCGCCGUGCAGCCGCAGAGCUUCCAGCAGAUCCUCAGCUUCUGCUACACCGGCCGCCUCAGCAUGAACGUGGGCGACCAGUUCCUGCUGAUGUACACCGCCGGCUUCCUGCAGAUCCAGGAGAUCAUGGAGAAGGGCACCGAGUUUUUCCUCAAGGUGAGCUCUCCCAGCUGCGACUCUCAGGGGCUGCACGGGGACGACACGCCGGGCUCGGAGCCGCAGAGCCCGGUGGCGCAGACCUCGGCGGGGCAGGGCUGGGCGGCGGCGCUGCCCUUGGUGUCGCGGGUCAAGACGGAGCAGGGCGAGCCCGACGGCGUGCAGUGCACCUUCGUGGUCAAACGCCUCUGGGACGGGGCCACCAAGGACUCCGGGGGCAACGGCAGCAGGAAAAUGGCCAAAUUCUCCGAGGCGGCGCCGCGCCCGCCCGCCGCCGCCGCCGGUGGCACCACGCCGGUGCCGGUGCCGGUGCCAGCCCCGGUGCCGGGCACGGCUGCUGACCAGACCAGCCCCGGGGGAACGUCCAGUGCCUACACCAGCGACAGCCCCGGCUCGUUCCACAACGAGGAGGACGAGGAGGAGGACGCGGCGGAGGAAGGCUCUGACGAGCAGUACCGGCAGAUCUGCAACAUGUACACCAUGUACAGCAUGAUGAACGUGGGGCCUGCAGCCGCAGAGAAGGUGGAGGCCCUGCCCGAGCAGCCCCCCCCGGAGCCCCGGGCCCGCGCCCGCCUGCGCCAGGACCUGGCGUCGCUGCCGGCCGAGCUCGUCACCCAGAUCGGCAACCGCUGCCACCCCAAGCUCUACGACGAGGGAGACCCCGCCGAGAAGCUGGAGCUGGUCACCGGUACCAACGUGUACAUCACGCGGGCGCAGCUGAUGAACUGCCACGUCAGCGCGGGCACGCGGCACAAGGUGCUGCUGCGCCGCCUGCUCGCCUCCUUCUUCGACAGGAACACGCUGGCCAACAGCUGCGGGACGGGGAUUCGCUCGUCCACCAACGACCCCAGCAGGAAACCGCUGGACAGCCGGGUGCUGCACGCUGUCAAGUUUUACUGCCAGAACUUCGCCCCCAACUUCAAGGAGAGCGAGAUGAACGCCAUCGCGGCCGACAUGUGCACCAACGCGCGGCGCGUGGUGCGCAAGAGCUGGAUCCCCAAGCUGAAGCUGCUCAUGGCCGAGGGCGACUCCUACACCUCCUUCAUCAACGACACGGGCAAGCUGGAGCCCGACCUCAUGGGCCCCGAGCCCCCCUUCGAGGCGGGGGGCUCGGAGCCGGAGGGGGGGCCGGCGGGGGAGGGGCUGCAGUGAGCCCUGCCCGCCCCUCAGCCCAUCCCCCCCAAAAAGUGGGGAGGGGGUUCUGCCUGGAAUUGGGGGGGGGGGGUGA